AUGGAAAUCCCAUUCCGGCCUCAGCUUAAUCGGAACGACGUCGAAUACGAACCUAACCGUUUUAAUGUUGGGGUUGAUUUCGGCUCUACCUACUCAGCUGCCACAUUUGUUUUAUUGUCCGCCUCGAACAAUCGCCUACUGGCGUCGGAUAUUAAGAUGGUACUCUACCGAGCUGCUACCGGCCAAAAUCGGGCCAAUCACUGUGAGGUCCCAACUGUAUUGCGCUACGAAGAUAUUUGUACACGAUGGGGCUGGGAUGCAAAGCUAGUCGAAGAGUCUGGAGAUGCUCCGUCAGGGACGUUCGUCGACAUGAUCAAAUUGCUUCUAGACGAAGCCGAGCUAACAGAUGAGGUUUAUCGAGACCUUCAUCGACAGCGUGUGCUAGACAACAUCAGACAUUUGAACAAAACGGUCAUUGACCUUCUUGUGGAUUUCCUCACCCCGUUCUUCAAGCAUAUCAUGAACUUUAUGACUGCUAAUGGCGACUACGACCCUAGAGACAAUAUCGAGCUAGAAUGCACGGUUCCGGCGAUAUGGAAAGAAACGGCGAGACGAAAGAUGCUGAUAGCUAUUGAUAAAGCCGGCCAGAAGUCCGGGUUUGGAUUUGGGAAAGCCGUCUGGUUCGUCUCGGAGCCUGAAGCAGCCGCAUCUUACGUUCUGAAGAUGAAUCCAAAUUGGCAUUUGCAGGAAGGUGAAAAUAUCCUUCUUUGUGAUGCAGGAGGUGGGACAGUGGAUUUAAUUACAUAUACUGUUACCAAUCAGAAGCCCCUUAGAGUUCAGGAGGCUGUUGGCGGUACUGGAUGUUUUGAGCAGACGCUUCAGAGGCUAGAUCGCGCAAAGUUCGUUGAUGGCAAGAAGUCGCAAGAAAUGAAACUUCAGAUAGCAAAGAACGUCACCCUCCACUUUGAGAAGUUCAUCAAGCCCACGUUUGAGGGAGAAGGAGACCUUAAAUAUAAUGCGCCAGUCCCACGGCUGAUGGCAAAUCCUGACGACGAGUUCAGAGACGACCUUAUUACCUUCACACCUGAGCGCCUGAAUCUUAUAUUUGACCCUGUGAUUCGCCAAGUCUGGGACCUCAUACAAUCUCAACUAGAAAGUGCUCGCUGUGAGAAUUUUGCGGUUCAGAAAGUGUGUUUAGUCGGAGGCUUUGGAGGGUCUCCAAGACUCCGAGGGUAUUUGAAGGAAAUGCUCAACGGCUGGGUCGCCAAGCACAGUCUGAGGUCAAUCGACUUUUUCGUGCCAGAUGCGCCGGAUAUUGCGAUUGCUUACGGUGCCACCUUAAGAUCCAUGGAUAAAAAGAAUGGCGCACCUAGAAAAUGUCGGUCGAGUCUUGGAAUAGCCACGAGCAUAGAGUAUGACAAAAGCUCUGCCGCUCAUAAGAAUGCCACGCCAGAAAAUUUUAGGUUCGUCAACAAAAAAUAUGUUUGUAACUGCCUGGACUGGAUGUUUAAACUGGGCGAGAUAAUCCCCCCCACAAAGGUGCUGCGAGAACGAACACUUCAUCAUAAUAUUGGUGUGAAUGAAGACACCGUCACCUUGUACGUGAUGGUAUACUCCUCGAAUACAAAUAGACAUGACUACUAUCCAAUUGACCAUGCCAAAAACCAUGAUCAUGUGGAAAUAGAGAAGGUCGAGUUCACUCUUGACAUGACGAAAUUCAGGGACAAGCUAGUCAAAAUGACCGAAAAGCAGCGUCGAACUCGGGGACCCGCACGCAAGCAUCCUCAGGGACCCUCUGGCGCACAACGAAAGAGUUCUCGGAAGCGGGUUCCCACCACCAAGGCUUCUGAUUCCCAGAAUAUCUCCGGGCCCACUGGAGAUGAUUCCAGCCCUCAAUUAUCCCCAUCAGGGGUAUGCUCAUUGGAUACCCCUUCAUCACAAAAUACCCCAGGAAGUUCGCAACGACGACAGCCAUCUAUACCGUCGCCAGAACCGAACCAUGAAGAAUCCUCCGCUUCACCUACUGAUGAUAAUCCUACCCUUGAGCAAUAUUACAGUGUCGGUUACAAAUUCGUCAUGGAGGUGGACGGAUUGAUCAUCAAGUAUAGAAUGGAGAUCCCAGAUGCGAAUGAAUGUGUCGAGGGGGAGAUUAACCUGGCGCACAUUCUUCCGCCUGGGUCAUCUUCAAAUUGA